CCAGUUUAUGACGUAACAAACGGUAAUAAACUGUCCUGUCAUUAUGGUGUUUAAGGAAAACAACAAAAUGGUGAAGUGAACAACAAGUUGUCAAUCUGCUGCUAUGGUCUCUGCCUCCUCAUCCUUGUCUGUAGGACGUACAUGUGUUCAAAUAUUAAGAGAGUGUGAAUCACUCAAGUUGUCUAUCCAAGGCAAAUCAAGUCAAGUAGCUGAUGUCUUCUCUGAUGAGUUCAUUGUUAGGCAAAGUUUGGAAAGUCAUUAUAAACAAAUCCUGCUGUCGGAUGUACAAUUUGCACUUGACAAUAAAGUGGAGUUAGAACUAUGGAACCGUGCUUUCAAAGAACAUAUUGAUAGCUUCAGAAAAUAUAUGAAAAGCAGUAAUGAAAAAAGUGAUUAUCAAGUUAAAUUAUCUGUAUUUAUCGACAUGUCUAUUGGUUUUUACUUCCAACUCCUGCAAGAGUUUUGUGAUGUUCAUGAUCUUGAUCUUCCAUAUCACGGCAAAGGUAGCCAGCUUGGAAUUUUACGAGAACCAAAAGCAGUCCAGUCCUUAAAACCGAAAUCAAAUGCUUGUUUUUACAUAUGUCAAGACUGUUUGGUACACCUUGGUGACUUAGCUCGUUACAGAAAUAAUUUGAAGCAAGCUGCAUCAUUUUAUAAGUUAGCAUCGAAACUGCUACCUGGAAAUGGUCAACCAUACAAUCAACUUGCGAUAUUAUCCAGUGCAGUCAACGAUUCAUUACAUACUGUUUUCUAUUAUUGCAAAAGUAUUUCCGUGCCGAAUCCAUUCCCUGCUGCAGCUUCCAACCUCCACAAAAUAUUCAAUCAAAUAUACGCAAAACACAACCACAAGAUUUUAUCCAAACCCAAUAUUACAGAUGCUGAUGAUUUCAUUGACUUAUUUAUUUAUUUCAAUGGAUGUAUAUACAUUAAGCAAGAUAUUCCGAAACUUGUAAUUGUAAGAGAUAAGCUUCUCCAGGAUAUUAAAGAGAUAUUGUUAGAAUUGACACAACAGCAAGUUAUACUUAUAGCUGGCAUAUGUAUAUUUACGUUGGAUAAAAAUAAGCACAACGACGGAGAGUGUAUAACAGAAAACGAGUCCAGUGUAUGGCAUCUCAUAUUGUCGUUGAGUGUUGGUAUCUUUCAAGCUUUUAUUGAAAUCUCAAUUGAAAUGUUGUUUCGCCAACCUAUUCUGCUGGAAGAUAUGAAAUUUUUACCAGGGGUUAAGCUACUAUUUGAUUGGAUCAUAUCUUGCAAUGUGGAAGGUUUGUUUGAAGAAGAACAGUUCCAAGAAAAUCCAGAAUUAUUUAAUCAGCUGACUGUAUUUGGUAACGAGCUGCAGAAAAUCUGCACAAAGCAUGAAAAAUCAGCACUUCCAUUGAUAGAAGAUUGGGAAAUGCAUGGUGUCAUACCUUUGAGACGGAUACACAGACGAUAUGAUUUCGCUAUGCAACCUUUAAAAGUGAAUUCGGAUCAGACGUGGUUGAUACGGGUCACGAGAAUAUUAAACAUUCUUGACUCGCUCACCUUAAAACAACAAGUCGCAAGGUUUAUCACUAAAGAGGAGGGUGAGCGGGGCACUUAUAAAUACAUUUGUUUGGUACAGCAAAAAGCAAGUACCAUACCGAACAAGUCAGAACGAGCAAGGUCGUUGUUCCGCACCGAGUCAGAAGAGUUUGGUAUGGCUGCUGUACAAGGUCCAAUUGCAUCUUCUUAUUCCUUGUUUGAUACAAUGUGGAAUGCUAGCCUACACAGCACUCCUGCAGAAGAAGUUAAAAAGCAUAUGGAUAGCACUGCUGAUAUCUCCACCUUGCAUAUGAAAGACACGCCCUUCAUGAAUCAACAGCCUCCACGUUUACCGUUAUCUUCCACCAUUUAUGAGGGACAAGUAGUUUCACAGUAUCCCAACAUUGUACCAACAAAUUUGUUGCCCGCGGUUGGUAAAAUUCCUUUGUCUGGUCAUGUGUUAAACUUGUCGUCCAGUUUCGAUGAAGUGAACCUACUUCAGUCUUCGCCGACUGUAGUUCGGCCACCUCUUCCCAUGCAACACCAGUUAGAUCUGCGUGUGUCACAUCAUGACGUCAAACCCAACUCGAUACCAAUACAACCGCCAUUUGCGUCCAUGCAAAGCAACAAUGUGCAUCGAUCAGCAUUUCCGAUGGUAGAACCAAGAAUGAGACCGAACUCCAUAAUGAGUCAUUCUCCGAGUUUUGGUGCCGUUGGUCAAAACAUGAGAGGGCCUCCAGGCUUGCAACAACCUGUGCAGCCAGGACAUUGGCCAAUGGGUUCAAGGAAUGUUCAACUUGGAAUCUCCCAACCUCGUUUAAUAGGACCCGAGCAUGCCAUGACUAGUGGGCAGAGUAUCUGGAGUUCAAAUUUUGCGAUCGGUCAAGGUGAAUUAUCUCCGUUAGAACAACUGUUGCAAGAACAACGUCGAAGUCAACUUCCGAAAUAAGUUGCAAUUCAACCGAUGAGAAAUCCAUUUUGCACGAUAGCGAAACACACGUGAACCAGGAGCAGUUGAAAGUUUGUAAUUGGGAUUUGACACAGUUGAGUUUUGGCCAUUAUAAUGACAAGAAAUUAUAGACGCCAUUUUAAAUUUACAUGGUACAAAAAACGCAAGAACAUUGAUGGUAUUACGUUCGUUUACAGUUUUGAAGUCGUUAUUUCGUCAUGCCCUCUCACGACGUCAAUAAAUUGCCGUCAGUUGAAUGCCGUCAGACUGCAUCGUCAAGAGAGUUUUCGAUCACUUUAUAAUUUUCACUAACGCGUCUCAUUUUACCGAACUUACAUCACGUGACUGUCGUUAUCGAAAAAGCAGUCACGUGAUGAUUGUAAACACGUUCAUAUCUUUUGAAAAAAUAGAAGUUGAAUACCGA